CAGCCCCACUGCUUCGACCUCUGCCGCCGCCGCCGCCGCCGCCUCCCGGGAAGAGACGAGCCCACGUCGCCUGUCACCCAGAUCCCGCGGCCGCCGCCCGGAAGCGUGCAAGAUGUUCGCCUGCGCCAAGCUCGCCUGCACCCCCGCUCUGAUCCGAGCUGGAUCCAGAAUUGCAUAUAGACCAAUUUCUGCAUCAGUGUUAUCUCGACCAGAGGCUAGGACUGGAGAGGGCUCUACAGCAUUUAAUGGGGCCCAGAAUGGUGUGUGUCAGCUUGUCCGAAGGGAGUUUCAGACCAGUGCAAUCAGCAGAGACAUUGAUACUGCUGCCAAAUUUAUUGGUGCCGGGGCUGCAACAGUAGGAGUCGCUGGUUCAGGUGCUGGUAUUGGAACAGUCUUUGGCAGUCUUAUCAUUGGUUAUGCCAGAAACCCUUCACUGAAGCAGCAGCUGUUCUCAUACGCUAUCCUGGGAUUUGCCUUGUCUGAAGCUAUGGGUCUCUUUUGUUUGAUGGUUGCUUUCUUGAUCUUGUUUGCCAUGUAACAGGAAUUACUGCUUGAAAUGUUGGCAUUCAUAGUAAUUACGGAUGUAAUUCUGUAUAUCUUACUGUGACUCCAAAAACUGUAGUGUUGGUGUCAUGGAAAUGUACGUUAUUUCCAAACUCAUUUCAUUAAAGAUGAAAACUUUAA